AGCACUUCCUCUUGAAGAGGUCCCGGUGUCCUCAUGGCACCAUAUCCAUUUGGAAGAGACUGCACAAGGCAGGUUGUGAUAUGCCUCCGGACUUGCUGGAUAGGGUGCAACGUGCAUUGGAGGAGAAGAACAGUGAUGUAGAUGAGGAUGCCGCGAUGGGAGGUGUUGCAGAGGGUGAUGGAGGAGGUGCCGAGAUUGGUGUUGACUCCGAGGAGCCAGCUCGUGGGCGGCCUGGCAGCGGACCAGGAGAGUUGGCGAGCGGGUACAUGAAGAACCCGCGGCAGGAGGACAUCGAUGACUCUUGCUGCGAGUUCUUCGUCGAGAACACCAUUCCGUUCAACGUCGCGAAGAGCAAGAGUUUCAAGAAGUUCAAGUUGGCGUGUUACGGUCCACAGCCUGCAGCGAGGUGCCCUCUUCUUCCCACUGGGUACAACCCAUUGAGGUGUCGCCUACUUGAGCGGUUAUGCGGCAGGUUGGAGAAGGAGGAGCAGGCAAUCAGGGAUGACUGGCAAGUCACAUGUUGCACGUUCAUUACUGACGGGACCACGGACAUAUGUGGCCGAUCAUUAAUGAACUACAUCCUCGCAAGACGUUCAAAGCCAAUUUUCGUGAAGUGCGAGGAUGUGAGUGAGGGGGACAAGGAUGCAGUUGUUGUCGUUGUGGGGUGGAAACGGUUCUUUAGGGAGUUGGGGUUGGAGAAGAUUACAGCGAUCUGCAUAGACUCCUUCGCGGGGAACAAGAGUGCAGCUAGGAUGUUAAGGGAGGAUCCAGAGUUCAGCCAGAUUUACUGGAUCCCUUGCACAGCCCAUUGCAUGGAUCUGCUCAUGCACGACAUAUGCAACAAGGAAUGGGCGGCUGAGAGCAUUGUUCGUUAUGCCCCCCUCAUUGUAGAAGAGCGAGAUGUUGUCCUUGCGGACGUGGGCAAGAGGACAGACAUGCUUCUCAGCCCCAUACACGUUGUCGCACGACUGUUGGAUCCUCAGUUGAGGGAUGUUGCUGUUUUCAACAAUGUCGACCUCGUGGCGCAGUUUGACAGCAUUGUCGAGCGGUUGAUCGGCAAGAAGGGUUCGAAGAGGGGGGAUGAUGGGCCCACGAUCGUAAGAGGGUGGUUGGGGUUGGAGAAGGACUGGGCAGAUGAGGACUUGGAAGGUGACAUGGCGAAUGUCACAGAUGCUGUUAAUGACAGUGAGGUUGGUGUGCAGGGCACUGGUUCUGUUGCAGGCAGCACCAACAUCGCUCAUGAUCCUCCUACGAGGUCGGCAUCCGUGCAGAGGUUGGAGGGCGUGGAGGAGACAAUCGAGAUGGACAAGGCUGAGGAUGAUAUGGAUGACGACCUGAGUGACGAGGACGACAUUCUAGGCGAGAAGUGGGUGGACGAGAGGUCAGAUUCUGAUAGAUCAUGGACGAGGAGGGAGGAGAUUCUUCCAUAUGAGGAGGACCGACAGGAGGAGGAGCACCCGCAGGAGGAAUACCAGCAGCAGGAGGAGCACCAGCAGCAGGAGGAGGACCGACAUACGGAGCACCCGCAUGAGGAACAUCAGCAGCAACAGGAGCACCAACAGCAGGAGGAGCACCGUGGAGAGGGUGAGCUAGAGGGCGAGCAAUGUCAGGCAGACGGCGAGGCAGAGGGCGAGCAACGACAAGCUGAGCCCAAGGGCGAGCAGCAACAGACCGAGCCUGAGGGCGAGGAGCGGCAUCAGUAGAUGGAUGCAUUCUAUGGCUCCAGUCGACCUUCGCAGCUGCUAGGUCGCCACGGAGCACAUCCCGGAACCGU